UUGCGAAAUCUGGAAAGGAACAUUGUCCACGUGCCCUCACCUGCUUCUCUCUCCGCCCUCCAAACUCUCACUCAUUUCUUCGGCCGAGAGAAAUUCUGAUUUUUGUGAUCAUGGGUUGUGCUAGUUCCAAGGAAAGCCGAUGUCGCCAUUGCAACGCGCCUUAUUCCCCUGUUCCGAGAAGCUACUCAGUGCACGUCCAUCACCCACCUCAAUCCAAAGACGAUAGCUAUCAUCUCGUGGGGCUGACCUCCACCACGUUUGGUUCGCUCAAGCUCGAUUUGAGCCACAAGGCUUUUGAUCACGGUCACCAGAAUGGUAUCGGGUUUUCCAAUGGCGAUUUGCAGGAGAGCGAGAACAAUAUCAGAGAAUUAUCGAAGGGGUUAAUUGAGGCCAGGACAUGGUCUGAUAGCAUGGAUCAGAAAAUAUCACAAGUUGUUCCCAAGACUCCAGCAGAAACGCCUGCCGGAGAACCAGAGAUGAUCAAUACAUGGGAAUUAAUGGAAGGCCUUGAAGACACGAGCCCUUUCCGAUCGCCCAAUCGCUUCCGAAGCUUCUCUUUCGAUGUCCAUUCCCAUCCCGUUCCUGCUCGUGAUGGUGAGCACAAGCCCAUGUACAUGUGGCUUCAAAGAACAGAGGAUGAGCCGAGCCUCAAGUCCAACACAUCAGAUUUUGCCCCUCAAGCGAUUUCCUCGUCCAACAAGUCAUCGAAACUAGUGUCUCCGGAUAUCCCAUUUCACCGUCGCACACUGGAUAGAAAUAACUUAUCCUUUGAUUUCACUGAAGAAACCAAAAUCAAUGGUGAUGUUAUUGAUUUUGAGCCUCUGUCGUGGAGGAAGGACAGGUUGGUCCUGUAUUUCACGAGCCUGCGCGGGAUAAGAAAGACGUACGAGGAUUGCUGCCAUGUGAGGGUCAUUCUGAAAGGAUUGGGUGUUCGAGUGGACGAGCGUGAUGUAUCCAUGCAUUCUGGGUUCAAGGAGGAGCUCAAAGAGCUAUUAGGCGAUAGAUUUAACCGGGGAGGAUUGCCGAGGGUGUUUAUUGGAAACAAUUACAUAGGUGGAGUUGAGGAAAUUGGGAGAUUGCAUGAGGAUGGACACCUCGAGAAAUUACUUGAUAGUUGUGAGAAGAUCAAUAAGGGUGAAGGAGUCUGCGAGGGUUGUGGAGAUACAAGGUUUGUGCUCUGUGAAACCUGUUCAGGAAGCUGUAAAGUCUAUUAUGAAGGUGAAGAAGAAGACGGUGAAGUGGCAGACUAUGGAUUCCAGCGUUGUCCUGAUUGUAACGAAAAUGGACUAAUCCGCUGCCCAAUCUGCUGCUAAUAAUUCACACUUUUUACUUCCCAUUGAUGAUAUCUGAGAGAGUUAUUCAAUCCAAUAUUCGUGUUUAGUCUUCCGGGUUUUUCCCCCUUUGUUCUGUGAGUUUUUGUUGUACAGUGAACCUUUGAAAUGCUGGAUUCUAAUCAGUAUCUUAUGAAAAAGAGGCUUGUAUAUUAUUUACUUUAAUUUCUUGCAAAACUAAGAACUAGAGAGUACAAUUGUACUAGCUUCACACUCA